AUGCCAGUUCUUGGAUACAUGUCCAGAAAUAUGCUUAUUGACCAUUAUUUCAAUGCCCCACAAACUCGAUCCAUUGUCAUGUCCUCAUUGAUAUCAUCUAUUGCAGUGUAUCUUACCCAAGACUCGUUUGCCUUUACAGAUUUAGAAUCUCGAUGUAUAUGGAUCCAAAAAUGUUUUGAUGCAGAAACUUUUAAUGACUUUGCUACCACAGUUAUUGGUGAAUGCACACAAUUGUUUUGGACCAGCCUUUCUAUGCACAUUCGGAAAACUCCCAUAUCGGUUUUAAAACAGGCAAGUUUGCUGCAAAUUCUACGUAAUGACUAG